UUUCUUUCUCUUUUUUUUGUUCCAGUGUGUAUGACUAACUGCCCCACCCUGAUCGUUACGGUGGGCCUUCCUGCCAGAGGAAAGACUUACAUAUCCAAAAAGCUGACUCGCUAUCUCAACUGGAUCGGUGUGCCCACCAGAGAGUUCAAUGUAGGGCAGUACAGAAGAGACUUCGUCAAGAUUUACAAGUCUUUUGAGUUCUUCAGUCCGGACAACGAGGAGGGGUUAAAGAUCAGAAGGCAGUGUGCCUCGGCGGCGCUGAACGAUGUGCGACAGUACCUUACAAAGGAUGGAGGCCAAGUUGCUGUGUUUGAUGCCACAAACACCACCAGAGAAAGAAGGGACACUAUCAUCCAGUUUGCUGAACAGAAUGGUUUCAAGGUGUUCUUUGUGGAGUCUGUGUGUGAAGACCCAGAUGUCAUACAGGAAAACAUAGUGCAAGUGAAGCUGUGCAGCCCCGACUACACCAACUGCAACACUGAAGAAGCAGUGGAGGAUUUCAUGAAGAGGAUCAAAUGCUAUGAAAACUCCUACGAGACGCUGGACGAGGUUCUGGACAGGGAUCUCUCCUACAUUAAAAUCAUGGAUGUCGGGCAGCGCUACUUGGUCAAUAGAGUGUUGGACCACAUCCAGAGCCGGAUCGUCUACUACCUCAUGAACAUCCACAUCACGCCACGGUCCAUUUACCUGUGUCGUCACGGGGAGAGCGAGCUUAAUGUGAAGGGUCGAAUCGGAGGAGACUCUGGUCUCACACCGAGGGGCAAAGAGUUUGCCAAGAAGCUAAACCAGUUCAUGGAGACGCAGAAAAUUAGUGACCUGAAGGUGUGGACGAGUCAGAUGAAGAGGACCAUCCAGACAGCAGAGGCUCUCAAUGUUCCCUACGAGCAGUGGAAAGUCCUCAAUGAGAUUGACGCUGGUGUAUGUGAGGAGAUGAUGUACGAGGAGAUCCAGGAAAGCCAUCCUCUGGAGUUUGCUCUGAGGGACCAGGACAAAUACCGCUAUCGCUACCCAAAAGGGGAGUCCUACGAGGACCUGGUGCAGCGGCUGGAGCCGGUCAUCAUGGAGUUGGAGAGACAAGAAAAUGUCCUGGUCAUCUGCCAUCAAGCCGUCAUGCGCUGUCUGUUGGCCUACUUUUUGGACAAAACAGCAGAAGAGCUCCCGUACCUGAAGUGCCCGCUGCACACCGUGCUGAAGCUAACGCCGGUGGCCUACGGCUGUAAAGUGGAGUCCAUCAGCCUAAACGUGGACGCAGUCAACACACACAGAGAAAAACCAGAGAACGUAGAAGUGUCACGGAUGUCAGAGGAGGCUUUGCUUACAGUGCCAGCUCACCAAUGAGGCAUUUGCCCCCUCCCCCAACAGUCCCACCCUUUAACCCGCACCCCACACUAUGAACCCCUCAGACACAGUGUACACCACAGUUGUUUUAAUCUGCACGCUGUUCCUGUCUGCUGUGUUAUAUAUCUUAAGACAUGCUGAUGAUGGUAAUUGACUGGAAUCCAGUUUUUCUUCAUUUUUGAUUAUGAAUCCUGUAGCGGAUCUUGUCGUUCUCCAUUUCUUUUGGAGAGUGAGUGAAGGGCAAUCAAGGGUCUUUUUAAGCUGAUGAUGCACACCCAACUGUGAAGCACUGUUGCUCCAGCACCUUAUCUGAGUUAACAUUGAUUGACUAUGGUCACUUUUUGGAUCAAUACUGUCUUUAGAACAGAUGAUAAUAAUGUUAUAAUGUCAUGGGUAGCAGUGGAACUCUAUUCUUUAAUUGACAAUACAGCACAAUAAAUCAGAGUUGCGCUUUUUUCUGCUUUGCACAUACAAUCCACAGCUAGGUUUUAAGGAUGUGUAACUCUGUUAAAUGAAGAUAAUAGGGGUACAGAAAUGCAUAGUUCAUAAUAAUGAUAAGAAUACAGAGGAACAUAUCUCUGUUUACUGUUUCUAAAUAAAAUCCACUCAACCACCUCAUGAAUCCUUACCACACUCUCUU